AUGAUCCCCCCUUAUGGGAAAAUACACGUUUCUCUGUCAAACAAGUAUGUUGAAUUUUACGAAGAAAAAAGUUUAAAGGAGGCACAAAACUGUACAGGAAAAGAAAAUGACAUAAAAUUAUCAUGUGAAGAUGAGGAGUCCACCACGGUUGGGUGCACACGGGAUGACGUGUCUCUGGAUGGACAUACAGAUGAGAAAGAUUUUAGAGAAACGAAUCAUCAGCCUGGAUGCCACCCUGCCGGUUUAAGUAAAUACCAUUUGGGAGAUGGUAAAAGGGGUGACACGUCGCCGGAGUUAACUUCCUCCGGUGUAAUCGGCAGCGAGUGUGAGAAGAGCACGCCCCGAGUGGAAGCGGCAACCGCGUUGCUCGUUCCUCCUGAGCAGCACUCAGGUACGGAACCAUUGGGACGGGGUGAUGGCGGCGUUGCUACCGUUGACAGUGUUGCUACCGUUGACAGUGUUGCUACCGUUGACAGCGUUUCUACCGUCGAUGAUGUCCGUGCUGAACGUGCCAGCCCUGGCGAGGAAUCCCCGAAUCAAGUGAACUGCAAAAGAGGGAAGGCAACCACCCCCACGGUCCGACUAAAAAGUUUCAAAAAAAUCUUUAACAGAACAUUCAGCAAGUAUUACUUUAUCGGAAAGCCGUUCAAGAGGUACAUGAAAGUGAGAAAGAGUGCUUCACAGGAAAAAGUGAAAAAGCGUGAAAGUAAAAAAGUUAGUACAAAUGGGAUACCCAUAUCGAAGAAAGUAGGAGCACUGGCAUGCCAUGAUGAGGAGGACUUCUCUGUUAAGAGGCUUGAGGCGACAUCCUCAGAGAGCGCCAAAAGGAGAGACAAGGUUACAAUGGGGGAGGAAGAACACACUGACGGGAACAUAAUCCCAGUGAGAAAAUGCCUCCAUCAGAUGUUGCUGCGCCCCCCAAAGGUGCGGAUAACAAAUCGGGGGAACGUCGUGUUGUCCAAAAUGAUAACAAAGGGAAGCAUCUCUAGAAAAAAGCUGGAAACGGUGGAAAAGUUGAAAAAUGUCGAAAAGGUGAAAAAGAUAAAAAUCGUAAAGAAAAUGAAGAAGGAAGGAAAGCCCGUUGAUUUGAAAAGGAAAAACAGCUUUAACGUGGAUGCAGGUCCACACAUCGGCGAAGACAAAUGCCACACGCAUGAAACCUCGACGGUGUCCAUUCAGAGUACUAGGCUCCUUGUGCAUAGGGAGAAGUGCGAAUCGAUGCGGAAACCGGUAGUUAACCGGAAGGACGAGGUUACAAAUGGAAGUUGUUCUGCCCGAAUUGAAGGCAACUGCAUGGGGAGGUACACAGAAGGAAAUGUUAAAAACAAGAAGAAGAAAAAGAAAAAAAAGAAGGGCACCCCCGAGGGGGACAGUGCGAUCGGCGGUGGGGGACGCAGCUUUGGUGACCGAAGUCCAAGUGAUGCACAUUUAACGGGGAAACGUCCGAUGGAAUGCAAACCGAACGGAAACGCGGCGAUGCAUGAGGAGACCGUUCCUGAGAAGGUACACCGCGAGACGCUUGAUUCUUUGCAUAAACAGCAACCAGAAAGUGGACAACAUAGCAAAGAGGGUGCAACGAUGGCAGCCCCCAAUGGAGGCACUGUGCAUAAUGAAGAGCAGAGAUACAACAAAAACGUAAGAGACGAGGGAGAACGGAAAGGCGUGGUGAUAAAAAAAGGCGAUGGGCGGUACAUGUCCGGGGAGGAUCCCGAAGUGGGUGCGAUGGUGAGGCCGACUGGUUGCGACAAAGAGGGGGGGAAGCGAAAAAAGAAAAAAAAAAGUGCACGUGGCUGUGCCAGUGCAAGUUUCAACCCUAAUGAGGACGGCGAAGCGGGAAGGCGAAGCCAACUGAACCCAAGCGAACUAAACCUGAGCGAAUAUCUCAUACUCAAGGAAAUAAAAACCAAGCAGAGCAACGAAAUGGUGCAGCUGAACCUUGAUUCAUCCUUCUUUGUGUCCAAAGGCGCGGGUCUGUACAACUAUGGCCAGAAUAUCUGCUUCUUUAACAGCAUAAUACAGACCAUCGUGAGGAUCCCCUACAUCUGCAAAGAUCUGUUAAGCAAAUUGCAUUCGUUAAAUUGUGAAAAGAAAAAGGUGCGCGUGUUUUGCUUCUAUUGCUUGUUCGAACAGUUCGCCUGCAACAUUAUAUCCAAAAAGUGCGGAAUAAAAAAUAUGCUCAUCCCGUAUAUAAAAAAAUACAUUUGUAAUAACUACAUUGUUGGCUACCAGGAAGAUGUUCAUGAGUAUCUGCGUUACUUCCUUUGCUCGCUGGAGAAGUCUUCCUUCUCGUCGUCCAUUUAUAUACAGAAAAUGUUCACCGGGGUGACGAAGAACAUAACGAUAUGCACAAAAUGUAACAAUGUGUCGUUAAAAUAUGAGCAGUAUUACGAGCUCUCCUUGGAUAUCAGCUCAUCGAAUAAUUUAGAAGAGGCGCUUCGGAAAUAUAUUUCUAAGGAGACCCUCUUGGGGGAUAAUGGAUACUACUGUGACAAAUGCAGGAAGAAAAAAAAAGCCACCAAACAGUGUGUUAUUAAUAAACUCCCAAGAGUGCUUACCAUCCAAAUUAAGAGAUUCUUUAUGAACUCUAAAUUUCAUGUGAUAAAAAAUCACAAACAUAUUUCCUACCCCUUGUACCUCGACAUGAAGGGCUAUGUUAAUAACUACGACUUGUUUCAAAAUGAUUUUAACAAUAAUGUGAUAGCACUCUACGAGAAGGUGAACCUCGCCACGGGGGGAGGAGGCGGCCAGGUAAGCGGCGAGCGAAGCGGCCAGGUAACCGUUCAGCGAAGCAUCCAGCGAAGCGGCGUAGAAAAUGUGCAGGGACUCGGCCUAGAAAAUGUCCAGGGAAACCUCCUAGAAAGUGACAUCCGUGGUGAUAACCCAAGCGUCCCGCGGAGUACGCGCCCCAAUCCUCACGUCCUCAACCAAAUCGCGCACAUCUUCGCCGAGCUGAAAAGGGAAGUGUGCAUGAGGAAAAUAAAAAAUCAGCUCACCCCCGCGGAGCUUAGAAGCAUCAUCAUGGAAACAAAAAAACGAAUCAUAAAAGAACUGAACAAAAUAAAAUUCUCCAAAUUUUACAACGACAUUCUUUUGAGCAUAUCGAAGGAUAUCGACACGUUGUACAGCCACAUGAGGGCCAACGCAGGUAAGAAGCAUUUUACAUUGAAGGGCGCCCUUUUUAACUUCAAAGUGGAGCUCCUCAGUGGGGAGGGGCACCUACCCUCCCAGUACAAACCGUGUAGAAGCGAAAAUGGCAAUCCAAGGGCAAGCAGCAAAUUUGGCGAAGGAAACACGUUUGGAGAAGGAAACACAUUCGGCGAAAGAACCACGUUUGCCGAAGUAAACAGAUUUGGCGAAGGAGACACGUUUGGAGAAGGAAACAAAUUUGACGAAAAAAGGGAACACUCAGCGCACAAUGCGAAGAAUCACCCCAAGCAAAGAAGCACAAGCUAUUUCUCGUACGAAUUAACGGGACUAAUUAAACACAUCGGCUCUGGGACAGAAUAUGGACACUACGUAGCGCUAACCAAGUCAAACAACAACAUAUACCUGCUCUGUGAUGACAAUAACAUUUCAUACAUCAACAAAAAAGACGUCCUAAACUGUGUAAAGAAUGCCUACGUUUUUAUUUACACGUGUAUCCACCCCGACUUUAUCGAUUUUUAUAAUAAGUAUGUGGAUGUCUUGGAAAAAAAAAAGUUUAAUAUUAACUUACCCGUAUUCGAGAAGCGAGUCGAAUUUAAGGAGCGCAUAACUAUGCCCAAGCAGAAGUUCAUCAGUAGGUCUCUCCAUUUUUGA